GGUGACUGCAUCUCGUCAAAUCCAUACAUCUCCUCCUCAAACGGGCGAAAAUUCGUUCAAACAGAUAAUCCUCCCGCCCAAACCUCUCCCAAACUUUCCCCAUUCUCAACUCCAAACCCAGAUCCCGAUGCCGGAGCUCACCGCCGCCGGCGAUUCAGCCACUCUCCCGCGCAAAAUCGCCGGGAUCCUAGACGAAUGCCGCCUCUCUCACGCUAUCCACGGUCGGAAGCUCAAAGAGCUCUCCUCUCUCCGUUCCUCAACCUCCCCUCGCCCUCGCUCCCUCUUCUUCUCGUCCUUCGUCAAAGCCCUAACCCCUCUCUUCGACUUCGCGAGGCGAACCGUUUCCUCGGAGAGAGUGGUUCGAUUUGUUUCGGCUUUCGCCGCGAGGCGCGACGAGAAGGAUGCUAGGGUUUCUGAUGAGUUCCUGGAGGAAUUUAUAGGGUUUUUGUUGAUGGCGGCGAGGGCGGGGCAAAGGAGCGCUAGGUUUAGGGCUUGCCAGAUCGUAUCGGAGAUUAUAAUGCGGUUGCCAGAUGAUGCGGAGGUAAGUAAUGAGGUAUGGGAUGAAGUUAUAGACAACAUGAAGCAGAGAGUGGAGGAUAAAGUCCCUGCAAUACGUGGUUUUGCAGUGCGUGCCCUAUCUCGCUUUGCAAAUGACGUGGAGAACAGUGAUAUUAUCAGUCUGUUUCUCCAGGUUUUGCCUGAAGAGUCAAAUGCUGAGGUGCGGAAAACUAUAGUUUUAUCAUUGCCACCAUCCAAUGAUACGGCAACAGCAAUAGUUUCAUCAAUGCUUGACGUGAGUGAUGCUGUUCGUAGAGCUGCAUAUUGCGUCCUGGCUAGUAAAUUUCCACUUCAGAGUCUCAGUAUUAAGCUUAGAACCACUGUUCUUCAGAGGGGGUUGUCAGAUAGGUCCCUGUCAGUGACUAAGGAGUGUUUGAGGAUGCUAAAGGAUGAAUGGCUUAUGAAGUGUUGCGGUGGAGAUCCCAUCGCCCUCCUUAGGUUUCUGGAUGUAGAAACAUAUGAAAUAGUUGGAGAAACAAUAAUGGAAGUCAUCUUAAAAGAUGGCGUAGCGAGAGUGCAAGAAGGUCAAAGCAUCAGACAAUAUUUGGCAUCACGUGACAAAGGUGAAGGUAAAUAUUUUUUAAUUUAUAAUGUUUUCUUUGGUUGUAGUGCUCUUUAUGAAUUAUGAUAUUGUUUUCUCAGU